GGAAAAGAAAAUAUGAAAAAAAAAUCCCUAAUUCUCUCUCUCUAGAUUUUUGCUCUCUCUAAAAAGGAAUGGAACCCAACGAAAGCCAUCACCAGCAACAUCAGCAUCUCAGUCCUCCCUACUACCACCACCACCACAGCCUCAGCCUCCAUCACCAUCACCCGACCACCGAUGGAACCGCCGCAACCGCCGCCGCGGUUCCAUCCUCCCACAAUGGGAUUUUGUCGCCGCCGCCGCCGAACGACGGGUCAUCCCUUGUCGUGUACCCUCAUUCGGUGCCGUCAUCGGCGAUGACGGCGCCGAUUGAGCCGGCGAAGAGGAAGAGAGGGCGACCGAGGAAGUACGGAACGCCGGAGCAAGCCCUAGCGGCUAAGAGAAUGGCGUCUUCUGGGAGCGGCUCGUCUGCGAGGGAGAGGAGGGAACAUGCGGCUGCGGCUGCCGGAGUUACGACGUCAUCUAAUUCUGGGUCUUCGAGAAAAUCUCAGUCGAGUUCUGUCGGAAAAACUGGGCAAAGCUUUACUCCACAUAUUGUUAACAUAGCUGCCGGCGAGGAUGUGGCCCAAAAAAUUGUGCUUUUUGCACAACAAAGCAAACAUGAAUUAUGCGUUCUUUCUGCGUCGGGCACCAUCUCUAAUGCAUCCUUGCGCCAACCGGCUUUAUCUGGAGGCAUCGUAUCUUAUGAGGGUCAAUAUGAGAUUGUCUCACUGUGUGGAUCAUAUAUUCGGGCAGAGCUUGGAGGUAAAAGUGGCGGUCUUAGUGUCUGUUUAUCUAGCUCGGAUGGUCAGAUCAUCGGUGGAGGAGUUGGGGGGCACCUAAUAGCUGCUGGCCCAGUUCAGGUGAUUCUCGGUACAUUUCAGCUUGACAGAAAGAAGGAUGCGAGUAGUGGUGUGAAGGGUGAUGCUUCUAGCAGUGGAAGCAGGUUGCCCUCUCCUGCUGGCAACUCGUUGAUGCUUGGCAUUGGCUUCCGGUCUGGUAUGGAAUCAUCGGAAAGAAAUCCAAUGAGGGGAGAUGAUCAUCAUCAUCAAACCGCCAUGGGCGCUCAUUUCAUGAUUCAAACACCCCAGGGCGUGCACAUGACGCAUUCUCGGCCUUCCGAGUGGGGAACCAGCGGCCAUGAUGGUAGGAGCAGUGCCGGUUAUGAUUUAUCAGGAAGGAUGGGAAACGGGCCACAGGAAAACAGAGGCUACGAGCAGAUGCCAGAUUAGGACUGGGGACGACGAGAGUAGGGCUUUAGGUGGAAACGGAAAAUGGAGGAAGAACUAAAAAAGGAAAGAGGACAUUUUAUGAUCAUGUCUGAAGAUCUUCUCUUCAGAAAGACAAGACAGGACGGCACAGAAGAACUCUUCUCUUCUUUUUUCUUUUCAGUUGUAAUAUAACUUCAGUUCACACCCUUUUCGCUUCUUCCUCUGUUUCAUCUUUCUUUUAAUCAUUUUUCUCUUUUUUGUCUUUUCCUUUUCUCUGUAAUAUAACUUCACACCAACUGUUUGUUUAUGGUAAUUUCAGACUUCAGUUAUGCCUGAACAAAGGCUGAUUUUUUUUUUU